UGUUUAGUAAAGAGAGUGCAUUAGGUUUAGGCUGUUUUUGUAUCACUCUGAUUCAUACGACAUGAUUUUAAGCAUUAGCAGGGAUUUUAUAUUAUUCAUGCAAGCUUCUCACAUCCAUAUAGUACAUAUAGGGAACAUUUUAAGUAGAUUUUGGCCCAGUGAUUCGGGUUGUUUAUGCAAAAGGAUCAGUGAAGCAAUAAUGCAUGCCUUCUCAAAGAGUUUCUCAACCUUUAAUCCAUUUGACCUUGCAAUGCUUGAAAUGAUGGCAUAUUUGCACCCCGUUCCGAAUCAUAACGGGAUAUUUAUUGUGUGCCUCCCCUAGCGGAGACAAGGCGGACUUACAAUGUCAAAUAAAAAAGCAGGGAUGAACGCCAUGUCUGAUCCCGCUACUGAGCGCUAGAGAGAGCGAUCACAGCGGGCGGACUUCGAGGAUUCAAGUCGGAGCGCGGAAUGUCGGAAAGCACCGGGAUUCCUCAGGGCUCCCCAGCGGUGGGCGCGGCGGGCUCGGCACCGGCUGCGCCAGGAGUCGGCGGAACAGAAUGUCCGGGCGCUGCUGUCGGCUCUGCGCGGAUCGCAGUGAAGAAAGCGCAGCUCCGCUCCUCCCCGCGCCCGAAGAAACUGGAAAAACUCGGUGUAUACUCCUCAUUGUCUUUUUUCCUUACAAAGGCUGAAGGAGCUUGUAAGUGCAAUGGCUGGAAGAGCCAAAACCCACCACCAACUCCACCCCCUCCAACCCCGCCCAGAGCCGAGCAGCUAAUUGCUGUUAAUCUAAAGGAGCCCUGCAGAAGCUGCAGCCACGCACUUGGUGACCAUGUGACACACCUGGAGAAUGUGUCAGAAGAAGAGAUGAACAGACUGCUUGGAAUUGUACUGGAUGUGGAGUACUUGUACACAUGUGUCCAUAAAGAGGAGGAUCCUGACACUAAACAAGUUUACUUCUCUCUCUUUAAAUUGCUGCGCAAAUGCAUCCUGCAGAUGGGACGGCCAGUGGUGGAGGCCCUGGAAAGUCCACCUUUUGAAAAACCAAGCAUUGAACAGGGUGUGAAUAACUUUGUGCAGUACAAGUUUAGCCACCUACCAUCUAAGGAGAGGCAAACCAUUGUGGAGCUCGCAAAGAUGUUCCUCAACCAGAUCAACUACUGGCAGCUAGAGACGCCUUCGCAAAGGAGGCAAAGGGCAGCUGAUGAUGACGUAGCUGGUUAUAAAGUCAAUUACACCAGGUGGCUCUGUUAUUGCAACGUGCCCCAAUUCUGUGACAGUCUUCCUCGGUACGAGGCCACGCAGAUUUUCGGACGCACUUUUCUGCGCUCUGUAUUCACUAUUAUGAGGAAACAGCUGCUGGAACAGGCCAGACAAGAGAAAGACAAACUACCACCCGAGAAACGCACACUCAUUCUCACACAUUUCCCCAAAUUUCUCUCUAUGCUGGAGGAGGAGGUUUAUAGUCACAAUUCACCUAUCUGGAGCGAAGACUUCAUGGUUGGUUUAUCAGGUGGACAGAUUCCCACAGUGAUCAGUGCUCCACCAGUGGCCCAUCCCCUGUACUACAGUAGUAGCCCCGCCCCUGUGGAGCUGGCUGGAGGAGGCAGCGUAAGCCCAGCCCGGAAAACAGCAUCCACUCUGGAGCCCAAUCCAGGUGGAGAAAAACGAAAGCCUUCUGAGCCCUUAUCUCACGAGGACAGUAAACGACCUCGUGUAGUUGGUGACAUUCCCAUGGAGCUUAUUAAUGAAGUCAUGUCCACCAUUACAGACCCUACAGCCAUGCUGGGACCAGAGACCAGUCUUCUCUCAGCACACUCUGCACGUGAUGAAGCCGCUCGGUUAGAGGAGAGGCGAGGCGUCAUCGAGUUUCACGUCAUUGGAAAUUCCCUCAACCAGAAGCCCAAUAAGAAGAUCCUCAUGUGGCUUGUUGGUCUGCAAAAUGUCUUUUCUCACCAGCUGCCCCGUAUGCCCAAAGAAUACAUCACACGGCUCGUCUUUGACCCGAAGCACAAGACUCUCUCUCUGAUUAAAGAUGGCCGUGUUAUUGGGGGAAUUUGCUUCCGGAUGUUUCCAACUCAGGGCUUCACUGAGAUUGUGUUCUGUGCUGUGACCUCCAAUGAACAGGUCAAGGGUUACGGAACUCACCUCAUGAAUCAUCUGAAGGAAUAUCACAUCAAGCACGAAAUCCUCAACUUUCUCACCUACGCUGAUGAAUAUGCCAUUGGCUACUUUAAAAAGCAGGGAUUCUCUAAGGACAUUAAAGUGCCGAAAUCCAAGUAUGUAGGAUACAUAAAAGACUACGAAGGAGCCACACUCAUGGGCUGUGAGCUCAACCCCUGCAUCCCUUACACAGAGUUCUCCGUCAUCAUCAAGAAACAGAAAGAGAUCAUCAAGAAGCUUAUAGAGCGCAAGCAAGCACAAAUCCGUAAAGUCUAUCCUGGCUUGUCAUGUUUCAAGGAGGGAGUUCGCCAAAUUGCCAUAGAGAGCAUUCCAGGAAUCCGUGAAACAGGCUGGAAACCUUUAGGGAAGAGCAAAGAGCUGAAGGAUCCAGACCAGUUGUAUAGCACCUUAAAGAAUAUUCUACAGCAGGUCAAGUCCCACCAGAAUGCAUGGCCUUUUAUGGAGCCAGUGAAGAAGAAUGAAGCACCUUGUUAUUACCAAGUCAUCCGUUUCCCUAUGGACUUGAAGACCAUGAGCGAGCGGCUAAAGAAUCGUUACUAUACCACACGGAAACUAUUCAUGGCUGACAUGCAGAGGAUCUUCACUAACUGUCGAGAGUACAACCCUCCCGAAAGCGAGUACUACAAAUGUGCCAACUUACUGGAGAAGUUCUUUUACACCAAGAUCAAAGAGGCAGGCCUCAUUGACAAGUAGUCCAGUUAGGGGGCAAAGUUUUCUCUCUCCGCACCCCUCCCCACCCUUUCCAUUUCUCUCUACCUCUUUAUCUUGGCAUUUAUUUUAGAGCUUAAUUUAUCCAUCUGCGUUAGCGUUGAGUGGUGUUUGUCCUAGAUGAAGCCCUAGAUGAAGUCCUGGUGAUGGGUCACUGGUGUGUGUAUGUGCAGGACACCACCAUAUGUGACCGUAAGUCUCAUUUCUGUUUUAAGAGUUCCUUCUGCCAAAAUCAGAACAUUGCGGAAAAGUUUUGCUUGAGUGUUUGAAUGUAUGUAUGGCUGCGUGAAUUUGGUGUGUAUGUGUACAAGCUUUUGUGCAUGUAAAUAAUAGUAAAAAUCUGUUUAUAUAGAUCAAUUUUAUGAAAUACUGUAUAUUUUAUUAAGUAGGGAGGGAAGGGCGUAGAGAUGUACCAUGCUCACAAGUCAAUCAAGAAAAAUUACUCUAAUGUUGUAUCUUCAAAAAGCACUUAUUAAUUAUUUAACCUAAAUUAAUUGUGGUAAACACUUGCAUUUAUAAGCUUUCUAAUCAGAAAAUUGCACAUUUGCAGUUUGUACCACAGUACCAGUGUGUGUAAGCGAUGUGCUGCACUGAGAAGCAUUCCUUGUACAACAAAGUCUUAAUAUCCUUCAUCUUAAUAGCUGUAACACCCUUUUGUAUUUAAAAAUGACACAUGCAAUGUUUUCUAACAUGUUUGUACUUUUAAAUACUUAAGAGAUGGACUUUGUACUACAUUUGGAGUUCAGGGGUAUAAAGGUCUUUGUUCCUUUGGUUUUCAAGACAGCAUAUUUUAUUUAAUGAUUAAAACUUUAGAGCAACCAAUGUUAAAUACA